GUUUUAAUUGAGCCAUGUAAAGUUGUUUUUCUGUAUUGGUAACACUGUCUACUGUAGAGUUUCCUUUUCCAUGUGGCAUGGUGUCGGCGUAAGUUGCCGAAUAAGCAACCACAAUGCCGCAGAACGAAUACAUUGAACGCCACAAAAAGCUGUACGGUAGGAGGCUCGAUUAUGAAGAGCGAAAACGCAAACGUGAGGCGCGUGAGCCCCAUAAGCGUGCUGAGAAGGCACGCAAACUACGCGGUAUCAAGGCCAAGAUCUACAACAAGGAGCGUCGCAAUGAAAAGAUACAGAUGAAAAAGAAGAUCAAAGCACAUGAGGAGAAAAAUGUUAAACAAAACACAGAGAAAGUCGCCGAAGGUGCUCUGCCUGUGUACCUUCUGGACAGAGAUGUGCAGUCCCGGGCCAAAGUACUAUCCAACAUGAUCAAACAGAAACGUAAGGAAAAGGCAGGAAAAUGGGAUGUUCCUAUACCGAAAGUCAGAGCACAAGCUGAUGCUGAAGUGUUCAAAGUACUUAAGUCAGGAAAAACCAAACGCAAAGCAUGGAAGCGAAUGGUUACAAAAGUUACCUAUGUUGGUGAAAAUUUCACACGUAAACCACCCAAGUUUGAGAGAUUUAUAAGGCCUAUGGCUCUACGCUUCAAGAAAGCUCAUGUCACACAUCCCGAGUUGAGGGCAACAUUCUGCUUGCCUAUCAUUGGAGUUAAAAAGAACCCUAGUUCACAGAUGUAUACUAGUUUAGGUGUCAUUACAAAGGGUACAGUGUUAGAAGUAAACAUUUCUGAACUUGGUCUGGUGACGCAGGCUGGUAAAGUGGUGUGGGGGAAAUAUGCACAGGUCACUAACAAUCCUGAAAAUGAUGGGUGUAUAAAUGCUGUAUUGUUGGUCUAAUAUUGUUCAUUCUAAACUGAUUUUAAAACUAUUUGAUAUUUUCAUCAAAUUGUUUUUUUACUACUUAUUAAUUUGUUUUGAAAAAAAGAAACUGUAUUUCUGACUUCAAAUGAAAUCACUAUGAUUUCAGCUUAUUUUUAAGCAUGUUUUAAACUGUUGAAAAGUAUGUGGUAUGUGGCCCCACAUCUUUAUCUAUGCUCAUGUUGCAAAAGCACUUGAUGAUUUUUGGACCUAUAUCGCCAAUAAACUUAAUAAAGCAUU